AUGGACGGCUUUUAUGACCAGCAAGUUCCAUUUUUGGUGCCACCCAGUCAGAAAUCAUCUCAAGUGGAGGAAACGUACAGCAGACAAACCAGAGAAAGAAAAAGAAAGUUUGUGGACUCCGAACUUGCACAGGACACAGAGGAGCUCUUCCAGGACCUUAGUCAGCUGCAGGAGAUCUGGAUCGCAGAAGCCCAGGUGCCCGAUGAUGAACAGUUUGUCCCAGAUUUCCAGUCGGAUAGUUUGAUGUUUCAUGGCCCUCCACCUGCCAAGAUUAAACGAGAACUGAGUCCUUCCAAAGAUCUUUCGCCCUGUAGCCAAGACAAGAGUCCCAUGCCAUAUGGAGAGAAGUGCCUUUACAGCUACAGUGCCUAUGAAAGGAAGCCCACCGCUGGGUUCAAGCCAUUGACUCCUCCUUCAACACCUGUAUCACCAUGUGGCUCCACCAAUGCUCCUGGAACACAUCCACUGCAUGAACAGACUCCCCCACCAGUCCCAAACCCUACGCUAGGGCAGCGCCAACUACACAGGCAGCCAAAUAUGACGAACUCCACCAACAACCAGGGAAAUCUUCCACUCCACAGUCAAAGCCCGCCUUUUGCAGUGCCCUGUCCACCACUUAACCACAAUGCCCCUUUCAACAAUGAACACAGGUUUCAGCGGCAACUCUCAGAGCCAUGUCUACCUUUCCCUCCAAAUGAAGCCCAAGGUAGACCAACCUUCAUGGCCCAUGCCCCCAGCACUUCGCCCCGUGAUGGAAGGCCACCUUACCAUCGCCAAAUGUCCGAGCCCCUUGUCCCUGUACCGCCUCAGGGAUUUAAGCAGGAGCUACUGGACCCCCGAUAUGCUGAGCAAGGAGUCCCGAAUAUGGGCCAACCUCAGGCUACCUUCCACCACACACCAAUCAAGCAAGAGCCUCGAGAUUUUUGCUUUGACUCUGAAGUGCCUAACUGUCAGUCUUCAUUUGGAAGGGCAAGCUUUUACCAAAACCCUGAGAGCUUUGCCUUUGAUCGAGAACCACACUUAUACUUUGAUGAUACCUGCGUAGUCCCUGAGAGGCUUGAAGGUAAAGUGAAGCAGGAGCCCUCUGUCUAUCGGGACGGUCCACCUUACCAGCGUCGCGGCUCCCUCCAGCUAUGGCAAUUUCUGGUCACGCUCCUCGAUGACCCUGCUAAUGGUCACUUCAUUGCUUGGACAGGACGUGGUAUGGAGUUCAAGCUCAUUGAGCCAGAAGAGGUGGCACGUCGCUGGGGCAUCCAAAAGAACAGGCCAGCCAUGAACUACGACAAGCUGAGUCGUUCGCUGCGUUAUUAUUACGAGAAGGGAAUCAUGCAGAAGGUAAAGGUUGCUGGUGAGAGGUACGUGUACAAGUUUGUAUGCGACCCUGAGGCCCUCUUCUCCAUGGCCUUCCCAGACAAUCAGAGGCCUAACCUUAAGGCAGAUCCAGACGGCCUGCCUGGAGUGGAUGAUGACACCCUGCCUCUGACUCACUACGAUGAAGCAGCCCCCUACUUGGUUGACGGAGGGGAGCAAUGCGUGGCCGGGAUGUCUUUCCCCGACGGCUACGUGUACUGACGCUUCUCCCCACCUCAGAACCUGAACUGCUGAGCAGAACUAAACACAUCUGUCCCCCACUGCCUCGACCCUCCUGACUUACAGAUUAA